CUCUGACGCCUGCUGUGCGUCAUCAGUCUGCGCUCAACACACGUUUCGCCCGCUCCGCGCCGGGGAGCGGUUACCUUGUCGCAACAAUGAGCUGCGCCGCGCGGGCGGCGGUCCGCUCCCUGUGGCGGCUGCGCGCGGGCACCCUGCGGCCUCUCACAGCGUAUGGAAGAAGAAUUGGUGUCAGGUUUUACAGUUCAGGAAUGACCUUAGACAAUGUCAAUCGGGCAGCUGUGGAUCGAAUAAUCCGGGUGGAUCAUGCAGGUGAAUAUGGAGCAAACCGAAUCUAUGCAGGACAGAUGGCUGUCCUGGGUCGGACAAGUGUCGGGCCAGUCAUUCAGAAAAUGUGGGAUCAAGAAAAGGACCACUUGAAAAAGUUCAACGAGUUGAUGGUUGCAUUCAGGGUGCGGCCGACGAUUCUGAUGCCCUUUUGGAACGUGGUGGGGUUUGCACUGGGUGCAGGAACUGCCCUGCUUGGGAAGGAGGGAGCAAUGGCCUGCACUGUGGCUGUGGAAGAGUCCAUAGCACAUCACUAUAACAACCAGAUCAGGACGCUGAUGGAGAAGGAUCCUGAAAAAUACGAGGAGCUUCUUCAGGUGAUAAGGAAAUUUCGGGAUGAAGAGCUAGAGCACCAUGACAUAGGCCUUGAACAUGACGCACAACUGGUUUCCAUUGCUCAAGCCUCUUGCCUAAAAGCAGCCUCUACAGAAAUAUCUGGAUGAAAGUAUGACGUUGGGAAAGAGGGACCUUCAACCCUCUCGUCCAUCUGCUUCCUUAACCCCGCGUGAGCCUGGCAAACAUGUAACCUGCAGCUGUGCCUCAACUCUUCUUCCUCAAAACGCUUUUCCUUUAUUGCCACUGUGUUUGGUUUUUUGAGAAUUUCCCUUUAUGAUACUCUCUUCAUUUUUUAAAAUGUCAAUUAUGUUUCUAGGGUUAUGCAGAAUUUUCUAAUUCUUAUUCCUGGAAUGCUUACCUGGGCAUGUGCAUCAGAAUCAACUCCUGAGAUUAAAAGAAGAAAAAAAAAUCUGCUCCUACUGAACAAGAAGCUACAUGGCUGGCUUGAGGGAUGAAUAUAUUUUAAAAAUUCACAUGGGGUUCUGAUGGGCAGACCUGGUUAAGAAUCAGUGGUUUCAUGCCAUAAGGGCUUCAUUUUAAAAUCUGUCCCCAAAUGGAUACUUUCCCCUGCUUUAUAUUUUAUUGGGGGGGGGGUGGCUGAUUCAGGAUUUCCAUUCUGUUCUACUCCCUUCCUGCACUGUUUUCUCCUAAAAUGUGACUUGUUCCAGUUUUCUCCAGUCCAUUCAGUACCAUGACAGCUGGAAACAUGUUCCAGACCAAGUUGUCUUCAUGGGUUGGAAACAAUGGGGAAGAGCAGUGCUCUCAGUUCUGCUGGGGGAUGGGGAGGGAUGGGGGGGGGUGUGGAGAGCAGUCUUUGUGUAGUAUUUUCCAUGCUUAGCUUCCAACUGGCUUUAUUGAAUCUAUAAAAGAAUUGUGAGGAGAUGCCACCUGUUGCACUUGCUUCCUGAUGCUCUGUGUAUGUAUUUAUGUUUAAGUAAGACAAGGUCACUAAAAGAAUAAUUAUCUCAAUUUUUUUGGUUUUAAGGGAGUAUAUUAUCCUAGGUGCUGCAGAAUAAAACAAUUUUAUUUUAA